AUGGAGGCUCCUCAUUAUAAGUUUUUGAAUGAACGUAAAGUUUCAUUGGUAUUAGCACCAUUCUCCGGUGGUCAGAAGAAACAAGGUGUCGAAAAAGGCCCACAAUACAUGCUAAAACAUGGUUUGGAAUCCAAUUUGAACGAAUUGGGUUGGGAAACUAAACUGCUAGAUCCUUUGCAAGGUCUUGAUGUCGAAUUACAAGACGAUUCGGAUGACAUCAAAGGUUCAAAUAUUAAAAAUUCAAAAUCUGUAGGUGUCGCUACUCAAUUAAUUCAUAAUUCUGUCAAAGAAACUUUAAAUGAUAAUAGGUUCCCAUUGACUUUGGGUGGUGACCAUUCUAUUGCAAUGGGUACCGUCUCUGCUGUGGUUGAAAAAUAUCCAAAUGCUGGGGUUUUAUGGAUCGAUGCUCAUGCAGAUAUUAAUACCGUUGAUUCAACAGAAUCUGGGAACUUACACGGUUGCCCAGUUUCUUUCCUAAUGGGCUUGAACCCAGAGGAGAAGAUCCCUUCUUCAUUGAAAUGGUUACCAAAAAAUUUAAAACCAAAUAAAAUUGCUUACAUUGGUUUAAGAGAUUUGGAUGAUGCUGAGAAAAAAAUCUUAAAAGAUUUGAACAUAUCUGCUUUCUCAAUGUACCAUGUCGAUAGAUAUGGUAUCAAUAAAGUCAUUGAAAUGGCUAUAGAAUCAAUUUCCACUUCUGAAAAUGAUCCCAUCAUGUGUUCUUAUGAUGUCGAUGCAGUAGAUCCAUUAUACGUGCCUGCAACUGGUACGCCUGUGAGAGGUGGUUUGACCUUAAGAGAAGGUUUGUUCAUCGUAGAAAGAUUGGCUGAAACAGGUAGACUAGUAGCUUUAGAUGUAGUAGAAUGUAACCCAGAUUUAUCCCACAACGAUAUUCAUGUUGUAGAUACUAUUUCAGCUGGUUGCGCAAUUGCUCGGUGUGCCUUGGGUGAAACAUUGUUGUAA